CCGGGAAAAGGAUGGUUAUAGAGAUUUUUAGUAUUGUGUAUUAUUUGUUUGGAUUGAAAGUAGCCAGUGGUUAUUAAUGUCUGGGAAAAGAAAGAAGGCAAGGUUUGGAGUGAAUUGUUGGAAUCUAUUUGACAAUUGAACAUGUGGGUUUGUCGUGUUGAUUCUCUCAAGAUGAUUGGAGGAAAUGUUGAUCCCGCAAAUAGUAAUGCAGGGGAUCGUCGCAACGAUAUUCUGGAACUCGCACGAGCCAUUCGUGAGGCUGAUAAUCAGAAGGCACAGUUGCCGAAGGUUCAAGUUCCCCUCUUCGAUGGCACCAAUGCUUCAGCAUGGGCGGACAAGUUUGAACAAUUGGGCAGUUGUUGCGAAUGGUCGAGUGAGAAGAUGCUUCAAAUGGUGAAGCGAUAUUGUAUGGUCGAGUACAAAGAAGAGGUGCCGGAGUUGGUGCAAGCUUCGCGCGACUGGCCAGACUUCAAGGCCAAAGUAUUGGACAAGUACCAGUUGGGGGAUCAACUGCGCGAUCUGGCGGACUUACGGAAGGUUAGUUGUCGGAAGUUUGGUACGGCCAAGCAGUUUCUCACAGAAUUUGAACGAGCCGCGCGCUUAGUGUCUGAUCUUCUUGAUAAGGAUCGGUGCCUUAUCUUCCUCGAAAGUUUUUCAGAAGUUGAGCAGCGAGAACUGAUGAAGGACAUGACGGGGCGAUACGACUGGCCAAAGAUAAAGGAAAAUCUGUUGGCCGGAAGUUUCGACCAAAUGCUUUACCGUCUCCUGAAGCAGCAAAAGGAGGACUGUGAGAAGGAAGGGGUAAGCGCGGACAAGGAUCAAGCCGUUUACAAAACCCUGACUGACAUGCUGAACUUGAUGGCGAACAUGAAGGAGGAAAGGCUAAAGCUACAGGUGAUGAUGGUCCAGACAAAAGGUGGAAAAAGGAAGGGCAAAGCACCCAUUAUGGAGGAAGUGAGUGGUAGCAGCAGUGAAGACGAAGACGAGGAGGAAGAAGAGCCUCCUCGAAAAUUGACCAAAGCAGAACGGAAGGCCCUGAAUCAAAUACGAGGAGGGGAAGGCACUAGCAAAAAGCAACGAAACAAUAAUGGGGGAGGUGGACAAGGAAGCAACCAGGAACAGAUUAAGUUGGAAGUGGUGAUGGAGUCAUUGACAGUUGAAGAUGCCAAGGCCGCAGGUGAAGGUUUGAGCGAAGGGCAGGAAGAUACUGCAUUGAGCCCAGUUGGUGGUCAAGAAGAUGAACCGGUAGACGGCCAAGGGGGUCUUACUGAUGAUACCGCAUCGCAGCCUGGAUCGCCGUCGGCAGGGCGUUUGAUGGCCACCACAAUCUUGUCCCGUCCUGCUUUCAAGCGACCUGCCACAGCAGGCAUCCCACAAACUCGGAGGGCUCGAAGGCCGUCGCGGCCAAGGGCAGCACCGGAAGAAGGGCCAAGUCAGCCUCGGGAAACCGAGACGAUUUCGAUUGAAGAAGACGAUGGCGAGGAGGAUGAAGUGCUGCGAGCCGAGGAUGAGCGGCAGGCCAAACAACGGGCCAUGGAGAGGGAGCCAGAAACGGGCAAGGCCGAUAUCGGGGAAGGUGAGUUGAAAAGGAAGAAGCAGGUUUACACAAUCCCGGUGGAGCAAGGGCUGGAUAUCGAGCAAAUCGUGGACCGGAUUCUGGAGAGCCAACGCGAUUUGUUCACACUCAAGGAAUUCUUGGCCGCGUCACCGAAAAUCCGAGAGGAGUUCAGACACCGACUGUCAAGGAAAAAGGUGCAGAAUUUGCAGAAGCUGAACUCAAUGACGGUUCGUCGUGCCGGAGGACUUCCACAUGCCGAUCAGUUGUCUGAGUUGUGCGCAGGCAGACCUAUCAUCACUCUCAUUGACUUGUACUCAGGAUAUGAUCAAUUCCGUCUCUACACAACAGACAGGCCGAUGACGGCCAUGCAUACGCCGAGGGGAUUAAUUCAUAAGUGUGCGGCGCCUCAGGGAUGGACGAACGCUGUAGCGAUUGUUCAGAGAUAUAUAAUGAGAGUCAUGCAGCCACUUUGUCCGGACGUGACCUCACCUUAUAUCGAUGACUUGGCCAUACCUGGGCCGCGCGUGAAGGAUGAGACGGAGGUGCUGCCAGGCGUUCGAAAGUUUGUUUGGGAGCACGUUCGUAACGUGGAGAAGGUCCUGUYYAAGUUAAAGGAGUACAACCUCACCGCCARCGGUGUCAAAWCUYGGCAUUGUAUGCGWGAGGCAACUAUCUUGGGCUUCUUGUGCGAUGAGAAGGGCCGUCGGCCAGAUUGCAAGAAGACCAACAAGAUUCUGGAAUGGCCGACUCCGCUUAAGUCCAUCACUGAUGUGCGCAGUUUUUUGGGGACUUGCGGAUUCUGGCGCAUCUUCAUUCGCAAGUUCGCCGCAAGGGUGGAGCACCUACGGAAGUUGGUGCGUAAAAAUCAGGAAUGGAAAUGGGGUCCAAAGCAGCAGGCGGCAGUUGACGAUAUCAAGGCACAAUUCCGAGAAGGAGGGUUGAUCCUGGGGGCUCCGUACUUUGACAAUGACCCGAAUCGGCCCUUUGUGGUUGAAACGGAUGCAGGCCCCACAGCAUUGGGUGGAGUCCUCAUCCAAAAGGAUAGAGAAGGGCGCGAAAGGUCAUUGAGAUUUGAAAGUCGAACGUUGAAUGAGGCGGAACGGAAGUAUUCCCAAUUUAAGAAGGAAACCCUUGCAGUGCUUCAUUGCUUCAGGAUCUUCCGAAACUACGUAUUUGGAAGACGGUUCGUCCUGCGGGUUGACCUGACCGCCCUGGCGCAGUCAUUGAAGAAUUACUCUCCCUUGGAUCCAACUAUUGCUCGAUGGUUGAUCUAUAUCUGGAUGUUCGAUUUUGAGAUCGAACGUAUUGCGGGAACACAAAAUCGAGCCGACGGAUUGAGUCGGAUCAAGUGGGACUCCGCGAAAGAUCAGGCAGAAGACUCGGUCCCUGUGGAUGGGUUUCUGGAGACGGACGAGCAACAACUAAGUAUCUAAGUUUGGGAAUACAUCAGUAAUGCGUCGCCCCGACCUAGGAAGUCUAUCUGAAGUUCGCCGAGUUAUUAUCAAAAGUGUGC